UAAAGGGGAGGAAUUACAAUACCGCACGACAUCACGUGACUUGAUUUGACGUUUGCAACAUGGCGGAAGCAGUUGUAGAAACAUCAUUCAUGGAUCCUUUCAAAGAUAUUCUGGUUAAUUAUUUAAUGCCAGAAAAAUGUUAUGACGAGUUCUUUUUACAGUUCAACCUUCUGCACGUGGAUUGUCUGAAGAUUGUAAUCAGCAAAGGCCUGGGCAUUGGGAUCAUUCUUGGUUCUGUUUUAGUAAAGCUACCUCAGAUUCUAAAGCUGAUUGGUGCCAAAAGUGCUGAGGGACUGAGCUUUAACUCUGUGCUGCUGGAGCUGUUUGCUAUCACAGGCACCAUGGCCUACAGUAUUGCCAACAGCUUCCCUUUCAGUUCCUGGGGUGAGGCACUUUUCCUCAUGCUUCAAACUGUGACGAUUGGUUUCCUCAUACAGCACUAUGGAGGCAACACCAUCAAAGGUUUGGGGUUUCUGGCAGUCUACUUUGGUCUUUUGGCAGUCAUACUGUCUCCCAUGACCCCAAUGUCUGUUGUAACUACAAUGCAAGCCUCUAAUAUGCCAGCCAUCAUCUUUGGACGGUUAAUUCAGGCUGGUACCAACUACAGAAAUGGCCACACUGGGCAGCUGUCAGCUAUUUCAGUCUUUCUGCUGUUUGCAGGUUCCUUAGCACGCAUAUUCACUACAGUGCAGGAAACGGGAGAUUCUCUCAUGGCUGUCACCUACAUCAUUUCUUCUUUCUGUAAUGGUGUGAUCGCAGCUCAGGUCCUCUACUACUGGAACAGCAGCCCUGCCCUCAGGAAGAAGAAAGCGUAGAUCCAUACAAAAGGCAAAAUUAGUGACCACUGAAGUUGACAAAGAUCAUUGGACAGACGAUUGGCCAAUUAGAUAUAAUCUAAUCAAAAUGACGGUUCUUUUGAAAUUAAGCUUUGUCCCUUGGUCACUUGUUAAAAGCAUGUAUCGUUAACAUAUCAGUGCUUACUUUAGAGGCAGGUACAAAUACUGUAUAAUGCACACAUUCACAUAUUCCAGGUGCCCAGAAGUGGACCAAAAAGCCAGUAUGCUAAGGGGUCCUUCUAUAAUUAUAGAACAUUUUUCCUCUUUGUAUUCUUUUUUAUGGCAGUGGGCUAUUUAAUUAGGCUGUUAAAUUUGGACCAGUUUCUUAGCUCAGGGAAGGGAGUAGUGUCCAUAGUAGUCGUGCAUUCAACUAUAAAAAUACAAACAUGUGUACUAAAUCCUCAUAUAUUAUUGCUGACAUACUGUCUUAUUGCCCACUUUACCCUGGCUCACUGAAUAUUCACUAAAACCCAUGUUGCCAUUUUGAAUUUAGCAACAAAUCUGUGAAAAGUCUGAUUUUUGUAAAUCUGAAUUUCAGAAUUUUAAAAAUGACCAAAAUACUUUAAAAGUGCACAUAUGAAAAUAUGUCAUCAUAUGCUAAAGGCAUCCCAAUUAGAACAUCGCAGGGGAACUAUUAUCCCCAAAAAGGAUCAUUAGGUUUUUUUUUCGUUCUUUUCAGAGAAAUCCAACCAUAUGGACACUAUUUCAGAAAGUCUUCCAGAACCUAGAAAUGCCCGUGUUGCUUCACACUUUUGAACAGACAUUCAGUUGCAUUUGACAAAAUAAAGGUUUUUCUUUAGGUAAUGUUUAGAGACUAGUGAAUUAAUUACAGUUGUAUUUCUUAAGUUGCAAUGGUCAUGCAAUAGUACAUGUAGCCAUGCUGUUGAACGUUAUCAUGACUAAUGGAAACUUGGUCAAAUAAGAGAAAUUUACCACAAAGCACUUUUUUUGUCACCCAUCAAAAGCAAGUUUCAAGCUGACUGCAGGUAAAAAGAAAAUGUAAUUUUAAUUAUGGAAAUUGUAUAUUUGCACACUUUACAUUUGUAAAUUUAUUUUCCUUUUUCGAUUGUGAACAUCUGUUGUUUGUUGUUGUUUUUUUUUUCAUGAAUGAAAUAUUACAAAUGGCUGUAAUGACGUUUUUUCCAUUAUCUAAAGUCGCAGUGUACUUUUGACCAUUGAGUAAAAUGUUUCCAUCAGAUAAUUUGUAGUGUUUGUUGUUUGAAAGACUUUUUAAAAAGAUACAAACAGUUGUAGAAAAAAAUCUUAUCUGAAGUUGUGUUUUUGCAUUUAUCCAUUGUCGAUGACUUGAUUAAUGAACUGUGAUACAUAAUUGUACCACCAGAGAGAGGCAAAGAGUCAAUAAAAAAUACAGUUGUUAUUGGGUUUUACCCAACCUUUA